CAAUGGAAGAGAGGGGAGAAGGGUUUAAAGUGUGAUGUUGUGUCAUUGUCUGUCGUCCAAACAAACAGCCGGCAUUUACACUUGUUUAUUUAUUUAUUUAUUCAAAAUAUUCAAAUAAAUAAAUUACCUAGUUUAUUUAUUAUUUAAAAAAUAAUAAUAAAAAAUAAAAAGAUGAUGAUGGAGUUUUGUUUGGUUAGAUAGAUGUCUUUGUCUUCGUCUUCUUUGUAUCAUUUUGCUCAUCAGCGCUCCUCUUCUUUUGUGUUCCCACGAGAAUCUCCUUCUUCUCACCUCCCCGGGGACCCCUUGUCCAAACCUCCUCCAAACAAAUACCAAAUUGCCGGAUUUUGCUUCUUUCAAUUUUUUCCAAACCCACAUGGCUCGCCAUUUUUGUUCCUUUUUCUUCUUCAUCUUCUUCCUCCUCCGAACUUCUUCAGCACACAAUAAUACACUUGUUCUUCGUGAUACCAAUGGCGCUUCCUCCAAUGGCAGUGUUAUCUCCAUCCCUUCUCCUUCUUCUUCACCACCACCACCACCAACUCUUCCUCCUCCUCCUCCACCCAAUCUCGUCAGGACUAAAUUCUCUCCGUUUCGACCCAGUAUAGCCGUUAUAGUGGGUGUUUUAACAACCAUGUUUUCCGUCACUUUGCUUCUUCUUCUUUAUGCCAAACACUGCAAGCGCAGUGAUCUUAUCGCCGUUGGCUAUGGCGGUCAUUCUUUGAACUCCAGAGUUGGUGGUGGUGGUGGUGUCACUCCUUCUUCCUCCUACGCAAGGAAGAACUCCGGCAUUGACCGUUCCGUUAUCGAAUCUCUGCCCGUUUUCAGAUUCGGAUCCCUUAUGGGUCAGAAGGAUGGGCUCGAAUGCGCCGUUUGCCUCACCAGGUUCGAGUCCUCGGAGGUCCUCCGUUUGCUUCCCAAAUGCAAGCACGCUUUCCACGUCGAAUGCGUCGAUACGUGGCUCGACGCCCAUUCCACCUGCCCCCUCUGUCGGUACCGGGUCGACCCGGAAGAUAUCCUCCUCGUCGAGGACUCCAAGAUCUUGAACCAGAACCAGAACCACCAAUUGUCACCGCCGGAACCACCACCACCACCAUUGGAAGAAGCCGAAGCAAACGGCACCGUUUCGGAUAUAGAGAGCCAAAGGAGCGCCGGUGGAGAGUGGGAGACGGCGAACUCGGGUUACCGGAGGGUUUCGGGUCGGCACUCGUCGGCGGGCGAAGGGGGGACCGGGUUUUUACAAGUGCUGGUGCAGAAACCGGGUGGGGAGUCGGGUCAUUGUGAUACGGCGUCGUUUUAUAGGAGGUCUCUGGAUAGCUGGAGUAUGCAGAAGAAGAAGAGGAAGGAGUCCGUAGCCAUGGGAUGUUUUGACAGACCCAGAAAGGACGGGCUGCUUUUGACCGAAGAAAAGACAAGGAACAACAGCUCGGAAGAGAGGAGGGUGGAGCACAGAAUCAUUAUCUCCCCCGGGUGCAGUGGGUUCCACCAGAGAUGGAGCGAUGUACAGCCGUCCGAUCUGCUAUAUCUACGGUCAGAAAUGAUAAUCAGUGACAGCCGUAGGUUUUCAGGAGGAUCAUCGAGGGCGUCGACAGUGACGCGUCAGCAGAAUAAUAUGCUGGUGGCGUUGCAGAGGAAUAAGAAAGGAGAUUUAGAAGAAGAAGAAGAAGGAAAUGGCACUGGCAUAGGCAUUGAUGGGAACAGGUGGAGUGGCAGUGGCAGUGGCAGUGGCAGGACAGUAAUAAAUUCGAGAAGCGUGUCGGAAAUCACGGGCUUAAGCAGGUUUUCCAACAGACGCUUAUCAGACAGUAAUGACACCCAACACUGUCAUCAUCAUCAUCAUCAGCAACUACAACAACAGCGACACGCCCGCCUCCUGUCCAGGUGGUUGGCCUUCAUUUCUCACUCCCGCCCACCUCCUACUACUUAACCUAAUAUUUCAUGUGGGUUUUGCAAAUGAGGAGUAGUUUAAUCACGCUCAUAAGCUCCUUGAAAGAAGAAUGACAGGGAAGAAGAAACUGGGUUAUCUCAAACAACGUCUCAAAAUUAAUAUUUUGAUGGAGUAGGAGGCUUUUAUAAGGAGGGUGUGCCUUGGCCAAGAGUCGAGACCCGUUUCCGGCGUAUGUGGUAAAUUUAAUUGGCUUCAAGUGGGUUUUGCGUGCCCCCAAGGUCCAUCAACCACAAGAUAUAGCAGAGAUGCUCAGGCUGCUGCAACUUGCUUCCUUUUUUAUUUCUAUUUUUUUUUUUCCCGUUUGCAUAUAAUAUUUUGGCUUAGCAGUAGCAGAAAAUUAGGGACUUCUCAACAUAAUUUCGCCAAUAUAUAUAUUUUUCAUUGGUACACAAUUUAUUUGUUAGGUCCAUUCGAGGUUAUAUACAAACCUGUUAUUGUAAUCCACUUCUACCACAGAAAACACUAUAUGUUCUUUAUUUGAUUUAUUUUAGAAAUUUAGCUUGCAACUGUA